CUGGUGCUGGCCGCCAUGGAGUCCAGGUGGGAUGUGCUGAGCGCGCUGGGGGCCGUCACCUGCGUGUGGCUGCUGCUGCAAGCCAUGUGGGCGGUGGCCCGUGGAGUGUACGUCUACCUGCUGCCCCAGGUUCGCCGUGGUGCCCCGUGGCUUCGGGCACAGGGAGCCUGGGCAGUGGUCACUGGAGCCACCGGAGGCAUUGGCAAGGCCUAUGCACACGAGCUGGCCAGGAGAGGUCUCAACGUGGUGCUCAUCAGUCGGAGCCUGAGCAAGUUGGAGCAGGAAGCCAAGGACAUCGAGCGGCUGCAUGGCCGGCAGACUCGAGUCAUCCAGGCUGACUUCACCCGGGGCCCAGAGAUCUACACGGACAUCGCGGCGGGACUGCAGGACCUGGACAUAGGAGUCCUGGGUGCGCAGCCAGGCCAGCUCGCCCUCCCCUGCCCGCUCCCCUGCCCGCGGCCUCCCGAGCUGUCCACUGACCCCUCUGUGCUCUCCCGCCUAGUGAACAACGUAGGCAUGCUUUACCGGGACAGCAAGUUGAAGAGGACCCUGGAGUGCGAGAACCCUGGACAAGACGACCCCACGGGGCAGGGCGACGGGCCUGGCGAAUCAGACGCCCACGUCCUCCCAACGAUGGGAUGGGUGCUCUUUGACGGGACAUGGGUGCAGGCUGUUGCAGUAGCUGCUUGA